GAACAGAAGCUGCUGACUAUUGACAAAGCCUGAUGGAAAACUACACCUACAACAGUCAGCUUCUGCAGCUGGAAGGCUUGAUGGUCACGGGAGACUCGGUGUACACUGUCUUUUUCUUUUUCCUCCUCUCCUACGUUCUUGUUAUGAUUUUGAAUAUGGGUAUUUUGGUUCUGAUCGCUGUCGAUAAGAACCUCCAUCAGCCCAUGUACAUGUUGUUCUGCAGCUUACCGUUCAGUGACAUGAUGGGAUCCACUCACUUGGUACCCCGCCUGCUGUCAGACCUCCUGAAGCCCCCGGCUGAGCGCCUCAUCUGGUACCAUGAGUGUGCACUUCAGGCAUUCAUCACUCAGUAUUUUGGAGCCACGUCACACACAAUCCUCAUGAUCAUGGCCUUCGACAGAUACGUGGCCAUCUGCAACCCUCUGCACUACUCUUCAUUGAUGACCAAUAAAAUGAUCAUCAAGCUGACGGUUGCUGCCUGGGCGGUACCGAUGGUUCUCACAGGGAUUCUGAUAGGUCUGAGCGUACGACUGAGCCGGUGCCGGACUGUGAUUGUGAACAUGUAUUGCGACAACGCCUCGCUGUUCAAGCUGUCGUGUGAAAAUAUUGUGGUCAACAACGUGUACGGGCUGACGUUCACCGCGGUUCUGUUCACCUCCUCCAUUGGCUGCAUGGUUCUGACCUACACUCGGAUCGCCAUUGUCUGUGUGACCCGUAAGAACCAGUCCGUGAAUAGGAAGGCUUUGAAGACCUGCAGCACCCACCUGGUGGUGUACCUGGUCAUGGCGUGCAGCGGCUUCACCAUCAUCAUCCUGCAUCGGUUCCCUCAGUAUUCAGAAUACAAAAAAUACUUUAUGGUUCUGUUUGCUGUUGUUCCUGUUACCCUCAACCCAGUUAUUUAUGGUUUACAGUCCAAAGAGAUCCGUAAAUUCCUCUUUGAGUUAUUUAAAUCCAAGAAACGUUUCCCACUGAAUAAAAACAAACAGUAA